AUGCAUCGUAGAGAAAUACCCCUGACACUUUUGGUGCUUAUGUUUAUAAGCACCUCAGAAGAAACUUGUACCUCGCGUCUUCACAUUACUGCAGUUGAAGGGGAACCUUUCUAUCUGAAGUAUUGUUCAUCUUCAUCUGAGCAUGAGAAUAAAACCACCACCAUAAAAUGGUACAAAAAUGAAUCGCAUGGACCCCUUGAGCUGAGCUCGAGUAGUUCACCCAGAAUUAUUUUGCUCGAUUAUGUUUUGGAGUUUUGGCCAGUUCAUUUGAAUGACAGUGGAUCUUACUCUAUCCGAAUGGGAAAUGAUACUCAUGACUGGAAAUUAAAUGUCAUCAGAAGACCUAAACACAGCUGUUUUACUGAGAAACAAGUAAUGAGUAAAUCUGUGGAAGUUAAAAAAUCUUUGCAGAUAGCCUGUGAACAUAGUUACUAUCAAAAACUGGUCAACAGAACGUUAUUGUAUAAGAACUGUGAAAAGAUAGAGAACAAUCAAAACCCAUUUUUAAAGAAGAAUGCAGAGUUUAAAGAUCAGGGAUAUUAUACCUGCAUGUUUUUCCUUCUUCGUAAUGGCAAACUAUUUAACGUCACCAAAACCUUCAAUAUAACAAUAGUUGGAGCCAUCCACUUAUAUAGCUGUACUCCACGCAUUGCGAAUGGACAAAGUACCACAAACUUCCUGUCUUCAAACUGCACAGAUGUGUUAGCUUACAGUGCUGGAGACAACAGUAAUAUAAUUCCAGCUCUUCUUGGACCAAAGCUUACGCAUGUUAAAGUGGAAUUAGGAAAAGAUGUACAGCUCAACUGCUCUGCCUUGCUGAAUGAAAAGGAUGUGAUUUACUGGAACAUCUGGAAAAAAAAUGGAAAGGAUCCUAAUGUACACGAAGAGGAAGGGACAAGAAUUAGGACUUCAGAAGGCAAAUGGCUGGCUUCAAAAAUACUGAGAAUUGAGACUGUUAAUGAAAACAAUCUGAACUUUUCAUAUAAUUGCACUGCAGCCAGCGAGGGAGGCAUAGACACCAAAAACUUCAUCUUAUUGAAAAAAGAAGACCCAGUUGACAUCCCCGGCCACAUCUUCACUAGAGGAAUGAUCGUAGCUGUUUUGAUCUCAGUGGUCAUUGUGUGCCUAGUGACCGUGUGUGCCAUUUAUAGAGUUGACUUGGUUCUAUUUUAUAGACAUUUCUUGGGAAGAGAUGAAACCUUAACAGAUGGGAAAACGUACGAUGCUUUUGUGUCUUACCUAAAAGAAUGUCGGCCCGAGAACGGAGAGGAGCACACCUUUGCUGUGGAGAUUUUGCCCAGGGUGUUGGAGAAGCGUUUUGGGUAUAAGUUGUGCAUAUUUGAACGGGAUGUGGUGCCUGGAAGAGCUGUUGUUGAUGAAAUCCAUUCAUUGAUAGAGAAAAGCCGAAGACUGAUAAUUGUCCUGAGUAAAAGUUAUAUGUCUAAUGAAGUCAGGUAUGAACUUGAAAGUGGACUCCAUGAAGCACUAGUGGAAAGGAAAAUUAAAAUCAUCUUAAUUGAAUUUACACCAGUCGGUGACUUCACAUUCUUGCCUCAAUCACUGAAGCUUUUGAAAUCCCACAGAGUUCUGAAGUGGCAGGCCGAUAAAUCUCUGUCUUAUAACUCAAGGUUCUGGAAGAAUCUUCUUUAUCUGAUGCCCGCAAAAGCAGUCAAACCAUAUAGAGAAGAAGCAGAAGUCUUGCCUGUUUUUUCGCAGCCCUGA